AUGAAUAAAUGCUGGUUUGUUCUUGAGCAACCUUUCUACACCCCCCCGGAAUAUGCCACUCCGAGCAAGGCUGGCGGCAAGGCCGAGGGACCUCUGCGGCUCGGCGACGCAGUGCCCAGUCCGAAAUGCCUCUACCCGAUCCUGACCCAGGGGCCGCUUCCUCUCUUCACGCCCGACAUGCGCAUCUCGUCCACCCACUUCUGCGACUUCACAUGGGAUACGUUGAGCGAGCGCCAAGGCGACGCAGCCGUGGGAGCCGGAGCUCCCCUCGCGACGGCCGCGGUUGGCGCCACCGUGUAUGCUGGGGUCAAGGCCGAGUUCAAGAGAACCAUUAAGGACUGGGCCAAGUUCGAAGCAAUGGACACGGAGAUCGUGCAGCCUUCAAAGGCAUACAUCAACGCAAUGCUGGAGAAAGAGGGCGUCAAGGACCACAUGGACCAGAACAAGACUCUCCUCCUGGAUCGGUGGGCCGUGUACGUCGUGACCGGACUCAUGAUCGCUCGGGCCGGCGGAACCAUUUGCAGUUCUGUCUCGAGCUCCACCGGACUCGGCGCCGGUCCGAGUCUGGACGUUGCCGGCGUUGCUAACGCGACAUUGAGGGCCUCUGAUAAGAGCAGCAACUCGAGAAUCAAGUCGACCGCGUUCCAAGGGGAUCGAAUUUGGGCUGUUCGGUUCGCCAAAGUCCAAAAGGGCCUUCUGCGGCCUAGGUGGAAGCAGACCGAAGCAACCGUCGGAGCCGCGCUGGACGGCAGCGGGGAGGAAGAGGAGAAUGUUGGCGAGGUCUUGCAGCACCAAGGCAUGGCCGACUUCACCACGACUGAAGCAAAAACCGACCGUGGUCACUUCAUCUUUAGAAUGUCAACCAGGUAA